GUCACAUAACUGUCAAUUUUCUAAAAUAAAUGCCGAUUGUGCCGAUUUAUUUGCUUAUUUCCCUUUAGAAUACAAAAUAAGCUACAAAUUUAUGAUUUACAAUGGAGACGAUAGUGGCCAGCGUGGAAAACAUAAAAUUUGAUAUAGACUAUGCAUUGGAAGAGCAAUUUGGGGCCCUGCCUCUGCCUUUCCCGGGAAUGGACAAGUCGACAGCGGCGGUAUGUGAAUUCUACAGUCAGCCGGGGGGUUGUAGCAACGGGCCUCAGUGUCCCUACAGACACGUGAGAGGCGAUCGCACGGUGGUCUGCAAGCACUGGCUGCGCGGGCUCUGCAAGAAGGGCGACCAGUGCGAGUUCCUGCACGAGUAUGACAUGUCCAAAAUGCCCGAGUGCUACUUCUACGCUAGAUUCAACGCGUGUCACAAUAAAGAGUGCCCGUUCCUGCAUAUAGACCCUGAAAGCAAGAUCAAGGAUUGUCCAUGGUAUGACCGAGGUUUCUGUCGCCACGGCCCUCACUGUCGCCACCGGCACGUGAGAAGAGUAUUCUGUCUCAACUACCUUGCAGGAUUCUGUCCUGACGGCAAGGAAUGCAAGUUCAUGCAUCCCAGGUUUGAGUUGCCAGCCCCGCAGGAGCAAACUAAGGAUGCCAAGAGACUGCCUGUUUGUCAUUACUGCUCUGAAGUUGGUCAUAAAGCUUCCACUUGUAACAAGAUACCUCAAGCGCAAAGAGAAGCAGCCCAGAGGCAAGAGGAAGCCAGAUACAGAGCCCUUGGCUAUGUGAAACCCGCAACUAACAAUGAGAACAAUAACCCUGAGGAAGGAACCCCGCCACCACCGCAACGCGGCCGCUUGAUGCACAAACCACUCGAGGAAGUUACUUGCUACAAGUGUGGGACCAAAGGUCACUAUGCCAACAAGUGCCCGAAGGGACAUCUGGCAUUCUUAUCUAGCCAGAACCAAAAUAACCAUGGUAACCAUCACAACCAGGGUAAUCAUCACAACCAGGGCAACCCUCAUGGCAAUAACCAUAAUCAAGGCAACCACUUUAACCAAGGAAACCAGUUUAACCAAGGUAACCAGUUUAACCAAGGAAACCAAUUUAACCAAGGCAACCAGUUCAACCAAGGAAACCAGUUCCAAGGUUUCAAGAAACCGAAUUAGUUAUGUAAGGAAUCUGAUGACAUUAUUAGACUCCCCAGCCAUGAUGAGAACUGCCUAUGAAUAUCAACAGCCAGUAGCUAUUGAUAUUUGUAGUAUUUUUCAUUAAAAUUAAUGAAAAAAUGCAUCUCACGACUGUUUUAUGGCAUCUUUUUACUAUCGUUAGCUGUGUCAUGGAUGGAGAACCUUUGACCAUUGUGUAAGGACUAAUCUUAGGUAAGAUAUAAUAAUAUGCUGCAGAUAAAUUUAUUUUCUUGUGAUUUAAAUAUUGUUCUAAUGAGUCAGGUACUUAUUGUUUGAGAAUAUAAUGAAAUUAUUUGUAUAGGUUAAAUGUAAGUUAAAUAAAUCAUCUGUUAGCACCAA